AUGCGUCACCCCUCACGCCAACCGCACACGCCAACCCGCUUCGCGUCUCAUUCUCCUGACGCUCCGUCCUGGAUUUCCGAACGAUCGACAUCACGCGGAUCCUUCGUUGGACAGUCUCGCAUGCCAAUCAUGCACCAUGCGGCCGAAUUGGACGCUCGUGCACCGCCGUCAGCGACACGGUGGCACAGCGAGAGUAGGACCGUUUGGGGCAGCUUUGACGAGUCGCCAGCAACGGUGGCCGUCAAUCCAAAUGGCCACUCGUACGACCCAGUGGCGCGCACGCAUGCUUACAGCCCAAAACAUCUGUCGAAGUCUCGCUCCCGGUCUCAGUCGCGCAGGGGAAGGGUUGCACCAGCAGCAGCAGCUUUUCGAGAUCCGCACUACUACUAUGGCACAGCGCCGAACCUUCACCAGCCCAUACGUCGGCCAUCGCCGCAACCACCUGAGAACCAAAGGCAAAUUCAAAGAGACAUUGAAAAGGGAAAAAGUGCGAAAACACCGGCGCCCAAUUCGUCACGAGAACAGCGCAUUCUCUCCACUCUUCCAUCGUUCAUAUCGCACUUUCUCGGUCACCGUACCUCGAGCUCCAAGCCCAUCCUGGGACCGCUCGUCCGUCUCCUGGGACCUACGCUCGAAACGUGGCUUUGGGCCUGGGUUGGCGCGUUCGUCAGCUUAGGCUGUAUCGCGUUGAUCUUCACCUGCAGUACCCCAUUUCGCAAUACAGCGCACAUCCCGGAAGAGCUGCCGAGCAGCUGGACCACACCUGUCAUCAUCGGCAGUUUCGGCGCAUCCAGCGUCCUGCUGUUCGGCGCGCCUGCGUCGCCUUUGGGCCAGCCAUGGGCAUUCCUCGGCGGGCAGGUGACCAGCGCAAUCAUCGGCGUCGUGGUGACGAAGCUGUUCAAGCUGAGCAGCAAGUACAAUCUCGAUCUGACGAAUCAUUCUUGGAAUAUUGUCUGGGUCGCUGGCGCUUGCUCAACCGCCACAGCGCUCCUGUUCAUGUUCCUGACCAACACUGUACACCCGCCGGGCGGUGCGACGGCUUUACUAGCAGCGACUUCUGCACCCGUCGAGCACCUCGGCUGGCGCUACAUUGUAGUCGUAAUGAUCAGUAGCGGUGUCAUGCUCGUCUGGGCGCUUCUAUGGAUGAACCUCGGCUCCAAGCGCUAUCCAACGCAGUGGUACUCCGGCCCAGGUACUGGCACGGGUCCGGACGUCGUGCUGAAGAGCUACAAGUGGAAAAAGGAACGAGUUUUUGCAAAGCGUGCUGCGAGAAAUACACACAGCGCAGGAAGGUAUAAAAAGAGCGAUGAACACGAGCAUGGAGGAGACGAAAAGGCAGCAGACGCUCUUCAAACGCAUGACGAUCAGGCUAGUAGCGGGGAGACAUUACGAAAUAGGAGCCAGUCGACUUUUCCCGCAGCCGCAGCUCCUUCCAAGGAUCAGAACAAGGAUCAGCCCAAACCAGAUGUGGAUGCAGGCGGUUGGCUUGACGAAACCCCAUGGCGUCGUCAGGAUGGUGACGACGAUGUAAAAGACGAAAGGAGGUGA